AUGUCGAACCAAAAGUCUUCGUUUGGAGAUAUACCUAAUAAUACCCAUGCAUCUUGGAUAAAGGACCCAGCUCUGAGAAUCAAUGUUGUGCAUUGCUUCGGGCUCUGCUUAGUCAUCUUCUAUCUCGGUUACGAUGGAGGUUUACUCAACGGCUUACAAGCAAUCGAGGCUUGGAACGUAUUUCUCAACUAUCCUCGAGGCGUAAUCCUCGGUCUCUACGCCUCCACUUUGUUUCUCCCAAGCAUAGUCACGGCCUAUAUUGGUGACUUCCUAUCUGCACGCUAUGGAAGGCGGCUUGCGUUGGCCGUAGGAACCCUACUGGCUUUUGCGGGUGCAUUGGUUAACACUUUUGCUCACAAUGCCGGCACUUGGGUCGCCGGUCGAGUUAUUAUAGGUGCUGGGAGUGGUAUCGCCAAAGUUGCUGCUCCAGCUCUGAUUCAAGAGAUUGCACAUCCGCGGAUACGACCCAUCAUGGCUUCAUGCUAUUUUCCCUCCUUUUACUUUGGCAGUUUUCUGUCGGCACUACUAUGCUUUGCUGGACUGUACAUGGAAGGAUCAUGGUCUUGGAGGCUACCUUCACUAGCUCAGUGCCUAGGACCUCUCAUGGUACUCUCAGUACUAUGGACUUGUCCCGAAUCUCCAAGGUGGCUUAUUUCCAAUGGAAAAAUAAGCCAAGCCUCCCAUGUACUGAGCAAGUACCACGCAAAUGGCGCCAUCGAUGAUCCCUUGGUCGUAUGGGAGCUCGCAGAGAUUGAGACCGUUUUGGAGAAAGAACGGAUUGGUCAACAAUCGUCCUAUCUGGAUUUCUUGAGAACACCAGGAAACCGCAAGCGUCUCAUCGUCACUCUAUCCUUGUGCGUCGGAUUGAACUGGGUCGGCAACGGCAUCGUGUCAUAUUAUCUUACGCCCGUACUCCGAUCCGUUGGUAUCGUUUCCCCCGUACAAAUUCUGCUCCUCACUUCGGGACUCGCCAUCUGGAACCUUAUCCUAGCAUUCGGAGCAGCUUUCAACGUCGAGCGAUUCGGACGUCGUCCACUUUUCCUGACCUCACUCAUUGGAAUGCUCAUAUCGUACUGCUUCCUCAUGGGAUUCUCCGCCGGUUUUGCUAAUACCGGAAGUCGUGGGCUGGGAAUUGCCGUAGUUCCUAUUCUAUUCAUUUACUACGGCUUCUACGAUAUCGCAUGGUCCCCACUACCUGUCCCCUACACUGCCGAAAUCAUGCCGUACAACCUGCGCACAAAAGGCCUUGCCAUCUUCACCUCUGUUGGAACCUUCUCAAACGCUUUCAAUCAAUUCGUAAAUCCCAUUGCCCUACGGAACCUGGCCUGGAAAUACUAUGCCGUUUACAUCGUUAUCCUCGUAUUCUACCUCGUAUUGGCCUACUUCAUGUAUCCUGAGACAAGGCACCACAGCAUCGAAGAAGUGUCGAUGAUUUUUGAUAAACAAAAGGGCGCCAUUGACGAACUGAAUGAUGUUGCUAUUCAGCAAGUUCAGAAGGGCACUGUGGAGACGUACGAGCACCAUGAUGAUUCGAAAUCGGGGACGGGGAAGAGUCCCUCGCGCUUAGAGGUUGCAUGA